UAGGCGCUAGCCCACUGCCCAAGGGAGGCCCAAACACAUCUAUUUAUUACUCAGGUAGCCAGGAACCCUGAACUCAAGCCCCCUUCCCUUGCUUUUUCUUCCUUCCUCUUCCCUUCUCCAUCAUCGAUCGUCUUUCUCCUUUAAUAAGAGGAAAGGGGUUUCCUUUCUGUCUGCUCUGCUUAUUUGGUCAUUUGGUGGCAUAACGGCUAUGGCUAAGGUUGUGGCUCUGAUGCUCCUGGCACUCUUUGCCAUUUCCAUGAUUGAAGCAACAAUGGUUUUGGCCAAAGAAGCAGAGUACCACUUGGAUAGUAACCGAUAUGGACCGGGAAGUCUGAAGUCCUAUCAAUGCCCUUCGCAAUGCACGAGAAGAUGCAGCAAGACCCAGUACCAUAAGCCAUGCAUGUUCUUCUGUCAGAAGUGCUGCAGAAAAUGCCUGUGCGUGCCUCCGGGUUUCUAUGGCAACAAAGGUGUGUGCCCUUGCUACAACAACUGGAAGACCAAGCGUGGAGGACCCAAAUGCCCAUAAUCUUGUACUUUUGGAGCUACACUCUACACUCUAUACUCUGAGACUGAGACUGAGACUGAGACUGAGCCUGAGAGUGAGGGGCAUACAUGCCUUCACUGCCUAUUUGCUCUUCUACUCUGUACUCUGUAUGCUAAUUAGUAUCUUAUAAUAGUAGCUAGUGAUGCAGAAGAUGAGGCAUUGUCCUCUUCUUAUUAUUUGCUUUGGGUUUUGCUUUUAUUUUUUUUUUAGUUACUGUAUUUUUACGACGUUCUGUUCCUUUGGGUUUUCAUGUUGUAUUUCUCAAAUGAGAGCGGCAAACCAAAAACAAAUAUUUACUACUCAAAUGAGCGAAAAGGGGAAAGGAAUUUACUAGUUC